AGUUAUUGAUUCCUUUUCCCCAGACUGAAUCUCGAAAACAGGGAUACAAAAGGACUAUAUUACCAGAUAUUUAUCCAAAUAAAUGCCUUCCAAUGCUGAAAGUGGUCUCCAACCCAACGAAGAACGAUCACAUACUCUGUAUGUUGGUCCUGGAGUAAAUUCAUCAUGGCCAGUAGGAGAAAGAAAUAUUUCUUACCACAUUCCAUCAGAAACCUGGUGGCCAUGGUGUGACUAUUGGAAAGAUCCUCAGCAUAUUUUAUACCAACUCGCCAAUUUUUGUUUUGUGCUUGCGUAUUCUUCAACAUGCUCAAAAAGAGGCGUGCUAUUCAUGCAUUCUUGGUUGAUCUUAGGUCUAAUACUUUUUUCAACUUGGGCUUGGAAUGUAAUAUGUGCCCCUGAUGUCUUCACAUGGAAUUUUGCUUUUAUGUUGAUGAAUAUGGCACAAGUGUUUCACAUCUUGUACCAGUUAAGACCUGUGAAAUUUGAUCCAGAACUUGAAGAAGUCUAUCACACUCUAUUUGAGCCUUUUAAGCUUAACCGAUUGCAAUUCAAACGAAUGGUGGGUGCAGAUUUUGCUCAAAUAAUGUCAUUACAUGCCGGCGAAGCAUAUGCAGUGCAAAAUCUGACAAGAACUGAUAGAUUAGGACUGCUUUUAUCAGGAAAGGUCAAUGUAUUGUCUGAUAACCAAUUUCUGCACCCUAUUCUUCCGUGUGAAUUUUUAGACUCGCCAGAAUUUGAAUCAAGCAGAAAUACAGUCGAUGAUAAAUUUAAGGUGUCUAUAGUGGCAGCCAGCACUUGCAGAUACCUGUAUUGGCAGCGAAGUGCUUUAGAAUACUUAUUCGUUAAGGAUAACUACAUAGCUACAUUAUUAACAACACUAAUUGCACGUGAUAUAGCCACCAAGUUGUACGCCAUGAAUAAUAAAAUAGUAACAGCUAAAGGUUCUCACCUGGACAUUCGACUUCCUAGUAUAACGUCUUCGUUGACAUCAGGGGGAGAGUACAAAUCUCCAAUUCGGUCAAAAAAAGCUAAUGGUGGCAUUGGGUUCAAUCCCGAAUCAUUCUACAAUGAAGUGUCCAAAAACAAAUUCCGGGAAAAUACCGGUAUGGCACAAAAUUGUUAUCUCAGUGAAAUGGAGCCGCUGACUGAAUGUCCAUCUGCAGAUGAUCUAACUUCUAACGACGUGGAGAGCUGGCUUGAGACCAGCUCUAAGUACCACAGUUGUGAAAUUGUUGAUAUGGAUUGUACUGUAAAUAUUGCAAUGAUGGUCGAAGCCAUGGUCGAAGCUAUGGUCGAAGCAAUGGUCGAAGCUAUGGUGAAAGCUAUGGUCGAAGCGAUAAUCGAAGCGAUGGUCGAAGUUAUGGUCGAAGCGAUGGUCGAAGCUAUGGUCGAAGCGAUGGUCGAAGCGAUGGUCGAAGCUAUUGUCGAAACGAUAGUCGAAGCUAUAGUCGAAGGUAUUGCCAAAGCGAUGGUCGAAGCUAUGGUCGAAGCUAUGGUCGAAGCUAUGGUCGAAGCGAUUGUCGAAGCGAUGGUCGAAGGAUACAAUGGUCGAAGCGAUGGUCGAAGCGAUGGUCGAAGCGAUAGUCGAUCCUAUGCGAUGGGCGAAGCGACGGUCGAAGUUAUGGUCGAAGCGAUGGUCGAAGCUAUUGUCGAAACGAUGGUCGAAGCUAUAAUCGAAGCGAUGGUCGAAGCUAUUGUCGAAGCUAUGGUCGAAGCGAUGGUCGAAGCUAUUGUCGAAGCUAUGGUCGAAGCGAUGGUCGAAGCUACGGUCGAAGAGAUGGUGGAACUGAUGGUCGAAGCUAUGGUCGAAGCGAUGGUCGAAGCUAUGGUCAAAGCGAUGUGUACUGUAAAUAUUGCAAUGAUGGUCGAAGCCAUGGUCGAAGCUAUGGUCGAAGCAAUGGUCGAAGCUAUGGUGAAAGCUAUGGCCGAAGCGAUAAUCGAAGCGAUGGUCAAAAUUAUGGUCGAAGCUAUGGUCGAAGCGAUUGUCGAAGCGAUGGUCGAAGCUAUUGUCGAAAAGAUAGUCGAAGCUAUGGUGGAAGCUAUUGUCAAAGCGAUGGUCAAAGCUAUGGUCGAAGCUAUGGUCGAAGCGAUUGUCGAAGCGAUGGUCGAAGCUAUGGUCGAAGCGAUAGUAGAAGCGAUGGUCGAAGCUAUGGUCGAAGCGAUGGUCGAAGCCAUUGUCAAAGCAAUGGUCGAAGCGAUGGCCGAAGCGAUGGCCGAAGCGAUGGUCGAAGUGAUAGUCGCGAUGAUCGAUGCGAUGGUCGAAGUUAUGGUCGAAGCGAUGGUCAAAGCUAUUGUCGAAACGAUGGUCGAAGCUAUGGUCAAAGCUAUUGUCAAAGCGAUGGUCGAAGCUAUAAUCGAAGCGAUGGUCGAAGCUAUUGUCGAAACGAUGGUCGCAGCUAUGGUAGAAGCUAUUGUCAAAGCGAUGGUCGAAGCUAUGGUCGAAGCUAUGGUCGAAGCGAUGGUGGAAGUGAUGGUCGAAGCCAUGGCCGAAGCGAUGGUCAAAGCGAUGGUCGAAGCGAUUGUCAAAGCAAUGGUCGAAGCGAUGGUCGAAGCGAUGGUCGAAGCGAUAGUCGAUCCGAUGCGAUGGAGCAUAAUGGAAGCAACUGUGAUUCUUUCAAGGACUUAUUCAUCAAAAAUCGUUCCUUACAAAACAAAUUUUAGAAGCCCCCGAUUCAAAACAAGUCAUGAGCGUAAGAUGAACCAUAUGGAUUUCAACCAAACUGUAGUAUCAAAUUUCACCGAAAUAAAGCCAAAUUUUACUUACACAACCGAAACGAACAUGUCAUAUUGGAACCAAAGCGACUUUUUUCACAACCUGACCAAUAAUUCUGAAUUAGAAUACGAUUAUCAAACUUUAAAUAAUACAGCCAAGGAGGAGUUGUGGACUAGUUGUAAGGAAUGGACUCCAGCACAACACAACCUCUUCCAGACUGCGAACUUCUUCUUUGCCGCCGCUUUUCUCGUUCCAGGGAGUUUUAAGCAAAGCGUUCUGUUAGUUAGGGCCCUAUUGUCAAUUGGUUACUUUUUUCUUACGAUAUGGGGUGGCGUAGAGAUUUGUGCCCCAGAUAUUUUACUAUGGAAUCUAAUAAUUGUGAUAUUAAAUGCAGGCCACACCGCCUUACUCACGUGGAAAUUUCUGCCUCCGACACUAACUUUGGAAUUGACAGAUUUAUAUCUUAAGGUUUUUAAGCCGCUUAGGGUGAGUAAAAAACAUUUUAAAGAAUUAGUCAGAGAAGCCAAAGUAAUGAACUUAGAAGAAGGUGAUAUUUAUGCUGUAGAAGAUGUCAGUCCUGCAGAUGAAAGACUAUCAAUUUUGCUCAAAGGAAGAUUAAGAGUUACUUGCGAUGACACCCAUUUGCAUUUUAUAAACAUGCACCAGUUUGUGGAUUCUCCAGAAUGGGAAGCAAAUCACGAACAAUCAGACGACGUUUUCCAGGUGACGAUUACUGCAGAAGAGGACAGUGUCUAUCUUUGCUGGCCUAGGAUGAAAUUAGAGAGAGUUCUAAGGCAUAGACCGAUGUUGAAAACUGUAUUGGACAGUAUUAUAGGGAAAGAUAUCACACAAAAGCUUUAUGCCCUAAACGAGCACUUAAGUGGACUAAGCGAGAGAAGAGAACGAGGCGAGAGGAACAAAUUGUGGGCGAAAACACAUAGCCGUAGCAUGUCAAUGGAUGCUGUGAAUACUGGGACGACAGGCUUAGUCCGAUCUCAAGCUUACAAGUCAACGCAGAAAACCACAAAUAAUUCGUUAGGAAGACUAGAAACGCAAAGUUGGGUGCCUCUAGUAGCCAAACAGUUUCCUGCUAAAUCUCCAUUCAAUCCACAAAGUUCAUCGACGAGUUUGCGCAUCCCCGAAGUCCACACAACUCCCAGUAGAAGUCGUUCCUUAAAAAGACCCAGAGAAGUCAAAUUCGAAACGAACAAAAAAUAAUUAACUACACAACUAUAAUCUUAGGUACGUAUCUGCAAAAGGUUGACGACUUUGAAUGUUUGUAUAAGUUUUGGUACAGAAAAAUUGUGUUAUUCAUAAUAAUUUUGUUUUUAAGCUGUUUUGUUUCAAAGCUUUUUCUCCAACAAACAAGUGUAGAUGUAGAUUUUAAAAAUCCAGUCUUCCAGAACUUAAAAAUCUGUCCAGUUCCAUUCACCAUCUUUGUCCAUUAUUCUUGUGUGUCCACUAUUGUUUGUAUCCAGUGGCAGUUCUACACAUUUCCUUUUGGUGGGGAACUUCCCAUGAAGCACAAAUCAAAAGACAAAAAAACAGAAACCCAAACCACAUAAAAACAUAAAUAAUAAUAAGUUGUAUUUAAGUUCCAUUAAUUUUUUUAACUAGGUGGUUUAUUGAAAUGAAUUUGUCUGUCUGUGGUUUAAGUUUCAUGUCAGCUAGUAUAUUUUUAUGUUUCAACAUUUUUUUUUUCUUUAAUUUUGAACCUUGGAGGAGGGGAAGUCCCUAUACCCUCCUUUUAUCCGCCACUGCUUGCAUCCAAGAAGUUCAAUGAACAUUUUGCGCUACAUUUAAAUUUGAACAGAUUUAACUCUUCUUCUUCUUUAAAUAUGAUGGAAGACAGUAGGGCCUAACGGAAGACUUGAGGAGGCUUAAGGCUCUAGAAAUGGAAACGGUUGAAUGUUGUGACAAAAAUGAUAAAUAGGAUACAUGCGGAUGAAAGGAAGCCCAAUGCAUGGAUGAAGAGCGUGAUGGUAUUACUGUAUAAAGAUAAAGGAGGCAUUCAGGAUUGUAAGAACGAUAGAGGGAUAACGUUAAUGUCGCCACAAAGUGAAAAUUUGGGAGAGAAGUUUACAGUAAAGGUUAAGGAGCGAAGGAAACAUAUAGAUAGGAGAAGAACAGUUUGAAUUUGUGUCAGGAAGGAGGACAACAGAUGCAAUUGUUUGCUUUAAGACAGUUGAUAGAGAAAUACGGUGAGAGGAAAAGGGAUUUACCUACACUUGAUAAUUAUAGAUCUUGAGAAGGCGUAUGAUAAAGUUCCCAGACAAAAGCCAGACAAAAAGCUAUAGAGAUGAAUGACUUUUGGUUUGCAUCAAGGUUCUUCAUUGCGUCCCCACCGGUUUAAUGUUUAAUCGUAUUAUGGAUGUAGGUACUGACAGGAAUGGAAAGGGAAGUAGCUCCUUGGUCAAUUCUUUGCGGAUUAUAUCGUCUUAGUGAUGAGAGCAAAGAAAUAUUGGAGGAUUGAAGAAGAGCUAUUGAAGCUCUUUGCGAAUUGUAUUGUUCUAGUGAUGAGAGCAAAGAACUGUUGGAUGAUUAGAGAAGAGCUAUUAAAGAGGGAGAACUUAAGGUUAAUAGCUCAAAAAUUGAGCAUAUGUGGUUGGCAGAAACAGGAGUGGUUGGGAGGAUUGAAUAAUGGACAAAAAUGCGUGGUGAAAAUAAUAAGGAACAGCGAUAGGAGAUGCCACAGCUGAGGAAGAACAAGAUAAAGAAAAAACAUUAGUUUUUAUUUUCCCUAUAUUUCCCUUAUAUUUCCCUAUAUUCGCCAUAUUUGAAACGUCAUGUUUAUAUUUCUGGAAACAAUUUUGCUUGCUCUCAACACAUGCAUCCGGUAU